AGGAGUGCGUGGAUGAAAUGGUGUGCGUAUAGGGAAGGCAGAGGAUGGGUUUUUGGGGAUGAUUGUUAUAUAAAAAGGACUUGAGCUCACUGAAUCGAUCUUUUAACGUGCCCGAAACCCGGGGAGGCUGGUUUAAAAUUUGGAUGCUGUGUGAAACUUUGCGGCUGACUGACCCUCUAGAGUUCAGGUGAACAGAGACAGCGGUGAGGAUGGGACGUGGAGGCCAGCAGACGGGGCCAGGAGAGCCUACCAGCGGGAAAGCUAAAGGUGUUUACACCUGGGAGGAGGUGCAAAGCCACUGCAGCAGGAAUGAUCAAUGGCUGGUCAUUGAUCGAAAGGUUUACAACAUCACUCAGUGGGCCAAAAGGCAUCCAGGAGGGUUUCGAGUCAUCGGCCACUAUGCUGGAGAGGAUGCCACGGAGGCAUUCACUGCUUUCCAUCCUGAUCUUAAGUUUGUGCAAAAGUUUCUGAAGCCGCUGCUGAUCGGAGAGUUAGCGGCAACAGAGCCAAGCCAGGACCGGGACAAAAAUGCAGCCCUCGUGCAGGAUUUUGAAACUCUACGAGAUCAGGUGGAGAAAAAGGGUCUGUUUCGAGCUUGGCCUUUGUUUUUCUUCCUCCACCUCAGUCACAUCAUUCUGCUAGAAGCCCUUGCAUGGCUCAUUGUUUCAAUGUGGGGGACGGGCUGGAUCCUGACCUUACUUUGCUCAGUUUUGCUGGCAACUGCUCAGUCACAGGCUGGAUGGCUGCAGCAUGACUUUGGUCACCUGUCAGUCUUCAAAAAGUCCACCUGGAAUCACCUGGUCCACAAGUUUGUCAUUGGUCAUUUAAAGGGAGCUUCUGCCAACUGGUGGAAUCACAGACAUUUCCAGCAUCACGCUAAACCCAACAUCUUCACCAAGGACCCCGAUAUCAAAAUGCUGAACGUCUUUGUGCUUGGCCAGACUCAACCUGUGGAGUACGGGAUAAAGAAGAUCAAAAACAUGCCCUACAAUCACCAACACCAGUACUUCUUUCUCGUGGGACCACCGCUGCUCAUUCCAGUUUAUUUCUACAUGCAGAUAAUGAAGACCAUGAUAUCCCGGCGCGACUGGGUGGAUCUGGCGUGGUCCUUGUCGUACUACUUUCGUUUCUUCUCCUGUUACAUCCCGCUGUAUGGCGUGUUUGGCUCAUUGGCACUCAUGUUUUUUGUCAGGUUUUUGGAGAGUCACUGGUUUGUGUGGGUGACUCAGAUGAAUCACAUACCGAUGGACAUCGAUCAUGAAAAGCACAGGGACUGGCUGACCAUGCAGUUACAAUCCACCUGUAAUAUUGAGCAGUCCUUCUUCAAUGACUGGUUCAGUGGACACCUCAACUUUCAAAUCGAGCACCACUUGUUCCCUACCAUGCCGCGCCACAACUACCACCUGGUUGCCCAACAGGUCCGCGCACUCUGUGAAAAACAUGGGAUUCCUUACCGUGUGAAAACGUUGUGGCGAGGCUUUGCUGAUAUUGUCACGUCACUGAAAAGCUCGGGGGAUCUGUGGCUCGAUGCAUAUCUCCAUAAAUAACAGACGGCAUUUCCUUGACUGAUGUAGAGGAAGCGUUUUUCUCUUUUUCAUCAGAAAGCGAUUGUAUCCAUUUCAAGUUUAAAAUUCAGUCGAUAUUGCGGGGAGGAUCUUUCUCAUUGUUGGUGUUAUUGUUAAGUCUUACUUUGGUUUUCAGAUUUGCUGAUUUUUAUGGAUAACAGGGUUUUCCUAAGUUGCCUUAAGAAUAUCUUGAUCAGCAGCGGUGUGAUGUUAUAAACACAGUUGUGAAACUUGCCCCUGUGACUCAUUUAAAAUGAGUUUUCAUUUUUCUAUCUUGUGAUCAUAUUUGAAUGAUUAAACAGGAUAAUUUGUUUUCACUCAAACAACAAACUAUAUAUGAAAAUGUUUAUUAUCUCCUGUCUAACGUGUAACUUUGUGUAACUUUAAAUACAGCUCUUCUGUUCUGCUCUUUCAGGAUACAAUAAAGAAACCGUGUUGAAAGAAA